UCACGCCCACCGCGGUCAAGGAGGAGCGCGACCAUCGUGACGAUGGUACUGGCGGAUCUUGCAGCGACGACGACGGCGCGCGAAGCGGCCCCGGGGGCGGCCCGCGCGAGUCCCUCGGGCCCGGGGGCAAAAAAGUGCGACAGCAAAAACACGUGAGACUUUCUAUUAAUGCACGCGAGCGGCGACGAAUGCACGACCUGAACGACGCACUGGACGACCUGCGCGCUGUCAUCCCGUACGCUCACUCUCCCUCCGUCAGGAAGCUCUCCAAGAUUGCCACCCUGCUCCUCGCCAAGAACUACAUCCUCAUGCAGUCCAACGCCAUCGAGGAGCUGCGGCGGGUGGUGACGUACCUCAAUCAGCCCGGCGCUCACCUGCCGCACCUGCCUCCGUCGGCGGCCUUCGAGACGGGGCUGGGCGGCGCGGACACGGGUGCGGGGGCCCUGCCGCCGGGCUUCCCGCGCCUCCCCAUGUUCAAUGACCCGUCUCCUCCCUACAAGUCUCAGUCAUAACGAGUCCUCGCGGGAACUUUAGCGAGGAUUCCUUCGCUGUGAAACGAGACGAGCGCUAUGCUGUGGCGGGGAUUCCUGAGGACUGAGGACUGAGUGAGCUUUCUGAGGGCAGGACAGAGUGAGGGGGACCAACAGCCGAUACUCGUCACCGUUCCUUCAGGUCGUGCAUCCGCCGCCUCUCCCGUGCGUUGACAGGCAGCCAUGUUAACCCGCGGCCAGCACGUGCGAAUACGUGUCGCGCGUACUUUGUUUUCGUACAGUCAUCCCGCGGUGCUGCCUCUGUGUCACUUGCUCAACACGACGCCCUUGGUCGGCAGAGAAGCACUGGUAGCCUGAGACACGAUUAUCUCCUCGCUCACUUACUUAUUCCUUUCCCUUCCUAUUUCCAUCAUUUUU